UCAGUCUAGAUUUUACAUCCCCCAACCUGGCCUUUCUGAGCCAGCACUGCUUUCUUUUCACGCAAUUCUGAUUAGCGCAGCGUAUAGAUAUCACUUUUGAAACCUCCUCAGUUCGUUCUUUACCAAGAACCACGAUCAAAACUACCGAGAAUACUCACAGCUAAGCAAUUGUGUGUGCGCCCUUCAAACAGUCUUUGGUGACAUCGCUCUACGGAUACGAGCUUUCUAGUAUAUAUUAGAAGUACAUGUACAGUUUUUGAGUCUGUUACAAUGACUGCCAUCACAAUGACUAACGGUGCUGUUUCGCCCAUGGCUGCGGAGGCAUUAAUUGGCCAUACCAAGUUUGAGCCGCUGCCUACUGUCCGAAAUAUUAUGAUCACAGGUGGUGCUGGCUUUAUUGCAUCCUGGGUCACACGACAUCUGGUACUCACAUAUCCCGACGCAUACAAUAUCGUCUCCUUUGAUAAGCUUGAAGAUUGUUCGACGCUGAAAAACACCGAAUGCCUGGAUAAUCAACCAAACUUCUCCUUCUACCAAGGCGAUCUCACCCAUCCUGGGGAGGUUCUUGACUGUAUGGAGAAGCACAAGAUUGAUACAGUGAUGCAUUUCGCCGCCCAGUCACAUGUCGACUUGAGUUUCGGAAAUUCGUAUAGAUUUACACAUGCGAAUGUGUAUGGAACGCACGUCUUGCUAGAAAGUUCACGGAAAAUCGGCGUGACCCGAUUUAUUCACGUUUCAACAGAUGAAGUCUACGGCGAAGUCGACCAUGAUGCAGACGAGCUGGUCGAAAGCAGCGUCUUAUGUCCAACGAACCCGUAUGCUGCUAGUAAGGCAGCAGCAGAAAUGCUCGUCCAAUCAUAUCAAAAGAGCUUUAAGCUUCCGUCGAUUAUUGUCCGCAGCAACAACGUCUACGGACCACAUCAAUACCCCGAAAAAAUCAUCCCUAAAUUUAUAUGUCUGUUAAAUCGCGGUCAACCUGUAGUUCUCCAUGGUGACGGUACACCGACAAGGCGUUACCUUUACGCCGCCGACGCCGCCGAUGCGUUUGACACAAUCUUACACAAAGGCCAGAUUGACGAGAUAUACAAUGUUGGAUCUACAGACGAAGUAUCCAAUAUCGACUUAUGCAAGAAACUGCUACAGGCCAUGAAGAUCCCGCAGGAUACAGCAGACGAUUUCCGGAAAUGGGUCAAGUACACGCACGAUCGCCCAUUUAACGACAGGCGAUACGCUGUGAACGCCUCAAAGCUGGCCAAACUGGGCUGGACACAGGGAACUACGUUUGACGAAGGGCUUGCUGCUACUGUAUCUUGGUAUUCAGGCUAUGGAGAGACAUGGUGGGGAGAUAUUGGCCGAGUAUUGACCCCGUUUCCUGUUGUUCCUGAAGGCGAAUUCGUCUUAUCCAGGAUUGGACAUCUGAUACGCGACGACCCCUUGGGUUCUGGUGAUGAAAGUGGAAAUGAUGGUAAAUGACACGUUAUGAGAUAGAAUUCAUAUAGACUUAUGAAAAAUUAAAUGAGUAGAUUUGCGUGUAGC